AUGCUGAACUGUGGGAAUGUCGGGUCUUGCCACGGUGGCACCGUGGACGGCCCCUACCAGUGGAUCUACAAGCUGGGCAAGCGCACUGGCAGCGGCAUCUCCUACUUUACCUCCCAGCCAUACUUGGCAUGCUCCAGUGAAAGCCGCGAUGGCAUCUGCAAGAAUGCGGACACGAGCUGCAAAGCCGAGAACAUCGCCCGUACUUGCAGCACCUUCGGGGAGCCCUGCGUUGGACUGAGCGAAUAUCCCAACGCCACCAUUUCGGACUAUGGAUCGAUCAUGGGCAAGAAUGCCAUGAUGAAAGAGAUCUACAACAGAGGGCCAAUCUCCUGCGGCAUUGACGCCAAUCCGUUGCUGAAGUACACCACCGGGGUGAUUCGGGGCUGGUCGCUGAUGCAAGACCACGUCGUGUCCGUGGUCGGAUGGGGCACUGAUCCAGAGGAAGGUCUCUACUGGAUUGUCCGCAACAGCUGGGGUGAGUACUGGGGUGAGAACGGAUACGUGCGCGUCAAGAGUGGUGCUUUGGCGCUGGAGCGCAGCUGCACGUGGGCAGUGCCCGACACGUACACCGCGCCGGAGAAGAACAAUGAGAUCCAUUGCUACGAGGGAGGCGAGAACUGCAAGGUCUCAGCGAAAGACGAAUCCACCGCGGCCGCUCCAGCGACACGAAAGUCAGAGCUCUGGAAGCGUGACGAGGUCGAGCGAAGAGGAUUCCAGUGGCGUGGGAACUCGUCAACUCCUUCUUCGCACGAGCUUCUCUUCACACCUUCCAACGGCUUCCCGGAAACCUUUUCCUGGUGCGACAAGGAUGGCAAGAGCUACUGCACCGUUUCCGUGAACCAGCACAUCCCGCAGUACUGCGGCUCAUGCUGGGCUCAGGGCAGCAUGUCCGCGCUGGCGGACCGCAUCAAGAUCGCUCGAAAAGCCGAAGGCAUCGACAUCCAGCUCUCCGUACA